AGUAUAUAAAGAGGGUACAGUCUUAGUCUCAGCACCUUGUAUCUCCCUCAGCUUGACUUAGCAUCUCUGCUCUCUCACCUCCACCCACCAACACUACCGAAAUGGCCUUCGCUGGAAGAUGGGAAACCGAGACCCAGGAGGGUUAUGAAGAGUUCUGCAAGUUGCUCGGCAUUCCCGAUGACAUCAUUGCAAAGGGCCGUGACUACAAGCUGAUCACAGAGGUCACCCAGGAUGGAGAUACCUACACCUGGACUCAGCUCUACCCUGCCAAUGCCAAGGUGACCAACAAGUUCACCAUUGGCAAGGAGUGUGACAUGGAAACCAUCGGAGGAAAGAAAUUCAAGGCCACAGUGGUCAUGGAGGGCAGCAAGCUGUGCACGACCUUCCCCAACUAUCACCACACCACUGAGAUCAGCGGAGGCAAGCUCAUCGAGACCUCCAAAGCCGGCUCCGUGGUGCUGAAGAGAGUCAGCAAGAAGAUCUAACUGCCGAUUAACCUUUGACAUCUAAAAUGGUUGCUUAAGAAACAUCAGUACUACAGUCACGGCUUUUAAUAAACUUCAUGUCAACAUGAA